UAAGAGAGACCCUCCUGGGACUCCUGGGCAGUGCCAUCCCAAGACCUCCCCCCCACCCCCACCACUUUGAUGCCAAGCAGCGCCGCGAGCACCAAGGGAAUCAUGCCUGUUCCCAAGAAAGCAGGAAGAAAAAACAGUGCUGCUGCUCCUGAGGAAGUGAAGCUGCCGCCGUACGAGCCAAACAUCCCCGAGCCAACCACCAGGGCGGACUUCAUGAAAUACUGGUUCCAGCCCUCCCUGGAUGAUAAAACUGCACAGAAACUGUUGUGGAUUUCAGAGGGCGGCACCAAAGUGGCUCGCACGGCCGACGCAGUCUGCCCGUAUCCUAACAGGCCCGAGCGAUACGAACACUCGCCACAGGUGCUGUGCAAGGAGAGCCUGCUGGGCCACCGGGGAUACUGGGAGGUGGACUACGACGGCUGGGUGGUGAUCGGGGUGGUCUGCGAGAGCGCGCCCCGGAAGGGCCACGAGGGCCCCAGCGGCCUCGGGGAGAACGCCGGCUCCUGGGGCGUCGGCUGGUCCGGCUCCUGCUACCAGGUGUGGCACAACGGCGAGAACGUGGACGUCCAACUGCCCCUGUCCUCCACCAUGGGGGUGUACGUCGACCAGCCCGCCGGCAUCCUCAAGUUCCUCUCGGUGGAGGGCGAGGGCGAGGAGGUGCGACUCAUUCACAAGUUCAAGGCCAACGUGCAGGAGAAGCUGCUGCCCGGGUUCUGGAUCGGCACCAAUUCGUACUCCCUCAUCCGGAAAAAGGAUCAGUGACAAAUUAAGAGCGGGUUCAGGGCUGCGGCGGGCGGCGGCGGCGGCGGCGGGGUCGAAGCAGUAGUGUAAAUUUCAGAAGGUGUCAGGGACAAGAUGAGAAGAAGCUUGGGACGUUAGGGGAACAAGUGUCAGGGAGUUGUCGAGCAGAACCGAAGCACGCCGUGACAUCUUUGUAGCUUGUGUUUGCUUUCUCUGGUGUAUGGAGAGAUUUUUACUAUUAUAUCCAGAAAUGUAAUUAUUUUAUUUACUAAUGUGUUUCUAUCUAUGCAGUCUAUUUCAUUUAGAGAGAAUAGGCAAAGUCGUGUAUGUUUUUUAAUCACACAGGCCUUUGCAUGUACUUGAGUGCUUGUUUGACAUUUAGAGCCCAUAUCUUUUUUUAUGUGCUGAAUGUAGUCAAUAAAUUCAACUAUUGCACAAUAA